CUCAGGCACUGCUCUCACCCAGGUCUCUGCUCUGCGCCGCCUGGCCAAGCCCAUGUCGGACCGGGUCUCUGGGAGGCUGAGUCAGAAGCCAGCCAUGCUGGACUCGGGUGCGGCGGUGUCCGCCAGCACCACCUCCUCGGAACCGGAGUCCGGCUCUCACUCGGUCUCCAGCAUCGUGCGCCAGUGGAACCAGAAAAUCGACCACUUCCUGAGAGACCCUUCGCCCUCCGGGUCAGACCAGUGCUUCCAAAUCCGUGUCCCCCGCGGCCUCGUUCCCUGCUUGGCCCUCAGGCCCCGGGCUCCUGGGUGUUAGAUGGGAGCGGAGUUCUGUGGGAACACUGGAAACGAUCGCUCUAUCAUCGUGGGCGACUCUGCCAUGUGGUUUGACACGUGAGACUCCCCACAUUGGCUGGAGGCAGACCCCUGAUGUGUAAAUGCCCCUCUGUCCUGAGCACUAGUGGGCAUGAUGGCCGAGCGCCCGCCUGGUGGAAGCCCCCUGACCAUGUCCCAUCCCACUGCAGGAAGAAGUUCCCAAAGAAGGGGAUGAGCCAGACCUUCAGCAAGGCGGCCCGGCUCAAGUGGCAGUCGCUGGAGCGGCGCAUCUUUGACGUUGUCAUGCAGAAGAUGACCAUCGUCAACCUGGAGGCGGACAUGGAGCGGCUGAGCAAGAAACGCGAGGAGCUGGCGCUGCUGCAGGAGGCUCUGCAGGGGAAGAGGGGAAAGCUGCAGGCGGAGAGCCCGGAGGAGCAGAAGGGCCUGCAGGAGCUGAACGAGGAGAUCGAGGUGCUGACAGCCAACAUGGACUACAUCAACGACAGUAUCGCCGACUGCCAGGCCACCAUCAUGCAGCUGGAGGAGACCAAGGGUCUCCAUCGGUGCUGGAUGGUUUAUUUGUGGAAGGGACGGCUGCGGAGAGCAUGAUGUCCACCACCAGCUGCUAGGCCCAACAGCCCUGAUGGGAGUUCUGCACAUGCUGGAGUCAGUGAAAGCCCUGUCCGUACCAUGGGACAAAUGUACCCAUGGUGUAUCCAGUGCUGCGGGCAAGGCGUGGUCUAGCCACGCUCAAUCCUGUCUGUGUGCACAGAAAAACCCAUGUCAGCACCAGGCUCCAGCCUGGGUCGCCGCCAGGCUCCAAACAUGCUUAGAACAUGGGCUUUCUCCAUUCCCUGCGUAUACGGCAACACAACCUCCUGUGAGAAACUGCCUCGACCCAGCCCAGUUCCACAGUGGCGUUCCUGUAGCCUAGACCGAAGCCAAGCACGGGGGGCAGCCCGGUAUUCAGAGCCAACUCCAGGUGUAGCCAUGAGAGAGGGUUGAAGAUGCCGUUC